AUGUAUCUUUGUGGGCAAAAGUUGAUCCGUAAACCGAAGACUCCCCAACCGCUACCGAUUGAAUCUCAAACAACGUACGAGCAUCUCUUCUAUCGAAGAUCGUUGACUCCAGCUUUCGCACGCCCUGGCUGGAUCCCAAGCCCAAACCGAGUGGAAGCGUUUAUCAAGGAAACUCCUGUUGACCCACCGGCUCUUGACUCGUCUUUUGAGGAUUCAUCUGAUUCGUCUUGCGACGAUUCCUUCAUCGAUGAGACCGACACCGUAAAAAUGGAUGGGAUUGAGGAAUACACGGACGAUGACUCCUUUGACUGUGAUAUUCCAAUGGCUGCCGAUUCUUCUGAUGAUGACUCUUCUGACGAUGAUUUUUCUGACGGUGAUAUUCCAAUGGAGAACAGUUCUUCGAAUAGCGAAUCUUCUGACGACGACUCUUCUGAUGAUGAUUUUCCAAGAAAGGUCGAUUCUUCGAAUAGCGAAUCUUCUGACGACGACUCUUCUGAUGAUGAUUUCCCAAGAAAGGUCGAUUCUUCGAAUAGCAAAUCUCGUGACGAUUACUGUCGUGCCAAUGAUCCAAUGGAGGACACUGAUUUAGAUGACGACUAUCUCUUUCUCUGGUUUUGA